AUGGAUUUCUAUCACUUCACUUUCCUCUGCGGGGCUUUCUUGUUAGUUUGCGAAAUCCCCUGUUUUCAGACUCUUGCUAUUUUACCCCCAGCUGCCCCGAAGAGCAGCAAGGUGGCAAGGAUUUUUGAUGGACAAGAAGCCUCUAAAUAUUUCAAGGAGUUAAAGUCGCCACCAUCCAUCGACAGAAACAAUAAAGCAACAUCUAAAGACUUGAUUGAGCCUCAUGACUACAUGCUGUCUAUUUACAAGACCUUCUCCACGGCAGAGAGACUGGGACUCAACGCCAGUUUUUUUCGGUCUUCAAAAGCUGCAAACACUAUUGCAAGCUUUGUGGACUAUGGACAAGAUGACCUCCCACUCUCCCCUCUGAGGAGACAGCAGUAUCUGUUCGAUGUCUCAACCCUUUCCAAAAAAGCAGAGGUGCUGGGAGCUGAGCUAAGGAUAUACACCAAAGUGUCUGGGAAUUUCAGGAUAUCGGAAACAGAGCCCGUCGACAUCCAGCUCCUCUCCUGCCACGACCAGCAGCUGCUCGACUCCAAAACGCUGGAUUUGCAAGAUUCCCAAAGACCGAAGUGGGAGGUAUUGGACGUGUGGGAAAUAUUCAAAGAGCGGCAGCACCUGAGCCAGGGGAAGCACUUCUGCCUGGAGCUCAGGGCCAUGCUGGACAACCCAGAGAGGGAGCUGGACUUGCACCUUCUAGGUUUGCACAGGCAUGGCAGGCCUCAACAGAAGAAAGCCAUCUUAGUGGUCUUCACAAGGUCUAAGAAGAGGCAGACCCUCUUCAAUGAGAGGAGAGAGGGGAGACCAUUGCUGGGUUUAGACAGGAGGGCCAAAGAAAGGGGCCCUGGUAUCAAAGCCAGCAGGAGAAGGAGGACAGCUGCAUCCAAAACCCGCCAUGGGAAGAGGCACGGCAAGAAGUCUAAAUCCAGGUGCAGCAAGAAGCCGCUGCACGUCAACUUCAGAGAUCUGGGCUGGGACGACUGGAUCAUCGCCCCACUGGAUUAUGAAGCAUACCACUGCGAGGGGGUGUGUGACUUCCCCCUGCGCUCUCACCUGGAGCCCACUAACCAUGCCAUCAUCCAGACUCUGAUGAAUUCAAUGAACCCCAGCAACAUGCCACCCAGCUGCUGCGCCCCGUCCAAACUCAGCCCCAUCAGCAUCCUCUACAUCGACUCAGGAAACAAUGUGGUCUACAAACAGUAUGAGGACAUGGUGGUUGAGUCUUGUGGUUGUAGGUAG